AUAGCAAUAGCAUGAUCAUCAGUAGUAUAGUUAAUUAGUUGAUUGCCACAUGGACAGGCAGCUGCUUUGCUUUGUCCAUUUGAUCUAGCCUGCCUGGCUGGCCUUCCUUGUUGACAUCCUCCAAAUCACUCUUUCUUUUUUAUUAGUAUUAGUAUUAGUAUUAGUAUUAGUAGUCACUCCACACCACACCUCACCAAUCACCAUCCCUUCCUUGCUCUCCUCCAAAACCAAAACAAAACACUCUCUGUAAUACUAGUACUAAGCAGCAAGCAAGCAAGCAUUGAUCCUUCCUCCCAUCCAUCUAUCACCAACCUUCCUUCCUUCCUUCCUUACUUGAGCCUGCUGUGCUUACUUCUGCUGCUGCUACCUUGGAUUCUCCUCCCCUGCCUUCUUCUUCUUCUUCUUGGUUCUCACGCGGCGCGGCAUCGCUCCAUCUAGACUCUUGCGCAUGGAGGCGGCGGCCGGCGGCGUCGUGGUCGCCAAGGGGAAGCGCAGCAAGCGGCAGCGCGUGCACGCCGCGGCUGCGUUGACGCCAGCCGCUGCCGAGUCGUCGUCGUCGUUGUCCUCCGUCGUCGUCUUCGCGUCCGGCGGCGAGGAGGAGGAGGCGGCGUCGGGGUGCGUGACGGAGGAGGAGGAGGACAUGGCCAUGUGCCUCAUGCUUCUCGCCCGCGGCGGCCAUGGCGGAUCCACGUCGGCGGCGGCGGCCAUGGCGAAGGAGGGGAAGAAGUUCCGGAGCCGGCGGCGUGAGGAGGGCAGCGGGGAAUUGGUGUACGAGUGCAAGACGUGCAGCAAGCGCUUCCCGUCUUUCCAGGCGCUCGGCGGCCACCGCACCAGCCACAAGAAACCCCGCCUCCCAACCCCGAAGGCGGAUUCCGAGGACCAGAAGGCGCCUUCCAUGUCGCCGCCGCCGCCGCCUUCGCCAACCGAUCCAACAGCAACAGCGCUGCUUGGGAUCCCCGCACCGGGAACUCCACCGCCGCCGCCGGCCAUUAAUCCCAACCCCAAGCAGCAGCGGCGGGAGCGGGACAUGGCCAUGGCGAUCGGCGGGUCGUCGAGGGUGCACGAGUGCUCCAUCUGCGGCGCCGAGUUCGCGUCCGGCCAGGCGCUCGGCGGCCACAUGCGCCGCCACCGCCCGCUCGUGCCGGCCGCGGCGGCGUCCGAGGAGGAGACAACGACGACGACCACGAAGGAGAAGAGCCUCCUGGAGCUGGAUCUCAACAUGCCACCGGCGCCGUGCCCCUGCGACGACGCCGACGUCGACACCACCAAGCCGGCGGCGUUCGUCUUCAACGUCAAGGAGCUGCUCUUCCCGGCGCCGGCGCCGGCAUCGGCGAUGGUGGUGGACUGCCAUUACUAGCAAGCAAAAACACAGAGUAAUUAAACGACACAUACAGACACCCAAUUAGCAGCAAUUAGCUUCUCCAUCUGCUUUUCAUUAAUUCCAUUCCAUACAUACAUAUACAUCAUACAUUCAUACAUAUAUUUCCUUCCUUCCUGUGAUCUCAAAGUAUAUACUCUACUCUAGUAUUCUUUUUCUCCAUCCAUUGAUUGAUCCAUCUCUUCUUUCCAUUGCAUUCAUUUUUUUUUCUCUUGAUUGAUCAAAUUAGCAUGAUUGGAAACAAACUGGUGAUGUAAAAUCCGUUGCUAGAGAUCGAUCCAUGUCCUCUUGACAAUAUCUGAGUAAUUCUAUUCGAUUCAUUCAUUCUUGAUCGGA